CACUCCAAAGAAUCCAUUCAUGCUGCAAAAGAACCAUCAUCUGCUUUAUCUCUGGUAAUCACAUAAGAUCAUGGAGAGCACCCACACAACCUUAUGCCUCUACACCACUAUCAGCGAGAGGAGCUGUGUGAGUCCAGCCCUCUCUCUCUGCAGGGGCCCAUCUUCCCCCUUUAAAGCCCCUCUCAGCUUCCAACUAACCUCUAACUAUGAGGAGGAGGGUCCAGCUGAAACAGUGAAGCGGGGUCAAGCAGACAAAUUCGGCCUUACAGACUUUAAAGAAACCCUCAACGCGUUGGAUGACUCCUCUGAGAUCCGCUGGCUGACAGAGUUGUUACCGUUGUGUUUGGAGUGCCAGGCUUUCAUGAGCAUGGGAAACCAACAGGGCUCGAAACUUAAGGCGAACUUUCAUAGCUAUGCGGAGGGUCAGGAUACUUUACCAAAAUCCCCCAGAAUCCCUCGGAAGAGAAGGAGAAGAGCAGAAGGGCUAGUUUACUGUGGCACCCUUCACCAUAACCUCAAGAUGCCUCCUGGGACUCGGGUGCCUCCGAAAGCAAGGAGGCUGACAAAGCUUCAGAUGACGAGCUAUCCUACAUUUGAAGAGUGGGACUUCGAGGAAGACAGGCUGAUCAUCUGCACCCCUGCAGCCAGGAGAAAGAGAGUUACAGGGAAAGAAAGGGAGUUUGAAAGUGCUUCAACACAGGAGUUGAAGCCUGUGUGGAGAGUGAAGCUGCCUGAUGCUUCGCCUGAAAACGUUCCAGGAUCUUACAGCAAAAGAUUUAAUUUCUCUCACGGAAAGGAUUUUCCCGUAAAGGGUGAAUAUACUUUUGCUGACUCAGACACUGACCUUUCCGAAUAUGACAAUGAGAUGUACUCAAUGUAUAUCUCUCAGUCUAGUCUUGACCUGACCAGGGGGACAGAAGAGGGUACCAGGAAUCCUGCAAAAUCUCUGAUCACCCAAUCAGCAAGCCAGAAACAUGAGGAAAAGGGAGCAGAAGUUGGGGAGUUGAGUUCGCCUCAGUGGUGGUUUGAAGAGUUGGGGAAGAGGGCGGCAGCACAGCGAGUAAUGGGCAAAAUUGAGGAAGUUGAAGGAAUCAUACGAAGGGUGAGUCUCACCAGUUCAGACCUGAUCAAAGAAGGUAGUGAAGGCAGCGAUGAACCUCAGUUUAUCCCAGAUGGAUAUGUUGGUGAAGAUCGGCUACAAAUCCUGCAAAAGAGAUUUAGGCCUGAGUUCAGCACUGAUUCCCUAUUGGAGACCCAUAACAACGGAGACAAGCCUUUACUGGUUGAAGAACUUCGUGUCCUGGGUGAAGCUCUGAGCCAGAGCCUCCAUCAGGCCCUGAUGAUGGAGGGAGCAAAAGCAGAGAUUGAAGUCUUCGAAGAGGAUAAACAGACUUUUUGUGAGCAGAGCCCAGUAGGAUCAAAAAGGAGUCUACCGUCACAUCCUUACCACUUCAUCUUUAACUCUUCAACGCUGUCAAACAAUUCGUCACCCUCUCUCUCAGCUGGUGGAGACACCUCCCCCGUACCCUCGCCGUCUCUGUCUGCAAUCCUGGAUGCUUCUCCGAGAACAUCUAGCAGCUUUGAAGGCAUGUCCCCGAUUCUGUCGCCUUUAUUCACGUCCACGCUGUCCAGCCCCAGGCCCAGCCAGCACUCUCUGCCUCUGAACUUGACUGAUCAGUAUGAAGAAGAUGUCUCUGGGAGUCACAAAGAGUGGACAGGCUCAGCGGAAGACAGUUUAUUCUCUUGGGAGGCCGGAGGCUGCGGGAAUGCCAUCACAGUCACUGGUGUGACAGAAAAGGAUCAGUGGAGUCCAAAAAGGAAGUUGGCGUGGGCGAACUCCGGGCUGAAUGAGCAGAAUCAGAUGCAGACAUACAGAUGCACCAAUGUGACAGAGGCCGGCCAAGAUUAUCUGCUCUCUUCAGAUGAAGCUCUCCGGAGACAGGAGGAGAUCUGGCAGCAGGAGGUCGAAGAGUCUCUCUCCUUCUGUGGGUCACUCUCUCAUCCGUCCAGACCCAAGCACGUCGACUUCUUACGCAUCACUGCUCCGGAGGAUGACAUCACUGAUACGCCUCCGCUCACACCCCUCCCCCCGGAGUUUAGGUCUGAAGCUUCCACGCCAGGGGAGGGAGAGGAACGAACUCCUGGUCGUUUACAAGCCGUCUGGCCGCCACUCAAGGAGGAAAAAGUCGGGCUCAAGUAUACAGAAGCAGAGCAUCAGGCCGCGCUGCUGCAGCUGAAGAGAGAAUGCAAAGAGGAGCUGGAGAAGUUACAGGAGGACUACUGUCAGCAACUCUCCAGACUGCGGGUGGAAAACGAGGACAAUGUCGCCUGUCUGGAGUUCACUCUGACUGAGCUGCAGGCCAAACUCUCCCAGGUUGGGACCCACCGCCGAGGGGAACUCCGAGAUGUCGCUGUGUCCACCGGAGAUGACUCUUUGCAAAAAUAUUUCCGCAAUGUCUGCAUCCAGACGGACAGAGAGACCUUUGUCAAAUCUCCGGAGGAUGGAGAGGGGACAGGGAGGACAUGUAUGAGUCCCCAGCAGCAGAGGGUGACCCCCAAAAAGCUGGACCUGGCUUCUAUCAGCCUCAGCCUGGCCGGUCAGAGGGAUGAUACAGUGUCCUCCUCUUCAUCGCUUGCCCCCCCAUCCCAAACAACUCCUCUUGGAGCCUCACUACCUCUAACAGAACAACCACCAGCUCCUCUUCAGGCACUUCCAAGCAAAACAGACAAUCUCCCUCCUCCACCACCACCUCCGCCCUGUUUGCCAUUAUCCACAAAUCACAUGCAGACAUCAAAUGGCCCUCCACCACCUCCACCACCACCGCCGCCGCCACCUCCCCCAUCCAUGCCAGGCUUAGCUCCCCCACCUCCUCCUCCUCCAGGUGGGGGUUUCUUGUUGGAUAAACCUCCCAGGAAAUCAGCAGUAGAACCUUCCCAACCCAUGAAGCCUCUUUAUUGGACCAGAAUCCAGAUCCAGGACAACAACAACAACACACUGUGGAACAUUUUAGAGGAACCAAAUAUAAUAAAUGCCUGCGAGUUUGAGGAUCUCUUCGCCAAAACCACCACAAAGACCAAGAGGAAGCCGCUGUCAGAGGCUUAUGAGAAGAGAGCCAAGGUCAAGAAGAUCAUUAAACUGCUGGACGGUAAGCGCUCCCAGGCUGUGGGCAUCCUCAUAUCGAGCCUCCACCUGGAGAUGAAAGAUAUACAGCAAGCUGUACUGACUGUGGACCACACUGUGGUGGACCUGGAGACCAUUGAGGCACUGUAUGAAAAUAGAGCGCAGCCCGAGGAGCUGGAGAGGAUCAAGAAACACUACGAGACGUCAGAGGAGGAGGAAGUUAAACACCUGGACAAACCCGAACAGUUUCUGUAUGAACUGUCUCAGAUCCCGGACUUCGCAGGAAGAGCUCACUGCAUCAUCUUCCAGUCAGCGUUCAUCGAUGGCAUCGCGUCCAUCCAACGCAAGCUCAACACGGUCUCUUCGGUCUGUAAGGCUCUGCUGGAGAGCGACGGUGUGAGGGAGGUGAUGGGACUGGUGUUGGCUCUGGGGAACCACAUGAACGGAGGCAACAGGACCAGAGGUCAGGCCGAUGGCUUUGGCCUGGAGAUUCUCCCUAAACUCAAGGACGUCAAGAGCAGGGACAAUCGUAUCAGCCUGGUGGACUAUGUGGUGUCGUAUUACCUGCACAAUGUGGACAAGGACGCCGGCACAGAGAAGAGUAUGUUCCCCCUUCCUGAACCUCAGGACGUCUUCCUGGCAGCGCAGGUCAAGUUUGAUGACCUCAGCAGAGACCUGAGACAGCUGGGACGAGAUCUAACAAGAUGUGAGAAAGAUGUACAGAGGGUUUGCUCGGAGUCUCCUGAAGAACACCUGCAGCCGUUCAAAGACAAGAUGGAGGCUUUUGUUCUCAGUGCACGAAAAGAACACGCAGAAGCUUCCUAUCAGCUGAUGACUGUGCAGAAAAGUUUUCACGACUUGGUUCUGUACUUUGGACUGAAGCCCAAGACGGGAGAGAAGGAGGUGACUGCUGGUCAUUUCUUCAUGCUCUGGUUUGAGUUUUGUGCCGACUUCAAAGCCAGGUGGAAGAAGGAGAACAAGAACAUCUCCAAAGAGAGGUUGAAGGAGGCUCAGCUGUCAGUGAAGAGAAUCACAGGGGAGAAGAAAGUGGAAACGAGAAAGAUCAACCCCAACAGCCUGAAAGAGCGACUGCGUCAGAAAGAAGCCAAUAUGUCUGCAACUUAACCGAUUUACGAGAGGAAGAAUAAAAUCUCUAACUUCUGGGUCAUUUCAGUCACACAACCACCUUCUCCUGCGUCGCUCUCUGUUCGGAUCAGUUUGAAACCUGAUACCAAACCAACAUUUACAUGGUAAACUUUUUACCAUUUUUUUUAACAAGUUUAUUUGCCUGUUGUUCUUUCAUUUCCAUGAAAUACUCAUACUUCAACCGACAGCUUCAUGUCAUAUAAUUUACUUCCUUAAAUGUAUUUAAAUUUAAAAGAUUGAAAGAAUCUCAUGUGCAAUGUGUAAACA